GUUGGGUCGUGUGUUGCGGGCUGCUGCGGCUCGGGCGCGACAGUUCUGCUCCGGCCACCGACGGUGGAUUUUCGCGGGUGCCGCGCGGCGUACCUCCGCGAGAGGACCAACCCCAUACGCGCGCCAGCGAGAGAGACGGAAAGAGAAAGAGAGAGAAAGAGAGAGAAAGAGAAAGAAGGAGAGACAGGGGUUGGAGAGAGGAGGGUGUGUGAGCGCGCAGCGGGCUCCUCUCUCGAUCCGCAUCGCGCGCCCGUAACCUUCCGCGGCCUCGGCUGUCCUCGUUGCCGAUAACGAGCGGUCGCGGGACGGUUUUCCGCGCGCGCGGCGGCAGAGCGGUGGCCAAAGACGGAGCGGCGGGGACGGCGAACGAAGGAGACGGUGGAGACGGUGGUACAAACGACGGAAGGGGGACAAGGCCGGAACGCGACGGCCUGAAACCGAGACGAACGGGGGAUCAAUCAACGACGGCAUGAGGAGACGCCUCGGGGCGCCCACCACGGCUACUGUCUCAUCGUCAGCGAGCGGGAACGGCCGCGUUGCCAUCGUUAUUACGCGCCGCUGCUUGGCCUACGAACGUACGCGAGCGCUCGGCGCGCGAUGGGCGCCAGAUACGAACGCUGACUGCCUGACGGACGUGUCCACCUCGUCGCGACCACCUCGGACGGGGCUCCGGUUGUUCCACAUCUAAAUCGCGCUUUCUCGCGCGAGCUUCUCAUACAAGAGACACCGGCCGAAUCUCGACGGAUACGCGAGUUCCUUGGGAACGACGAGGGAAAGGAGAGAGACGCACGAGAGAAUUCUAAGGGCUAAACAACACGCGUAUUUCGCUGCUGUUGUUGCUACUGCGCUAAUACUCCGUUGUAAACGAUAUGUAGAAAGAUACGUAACGAGACAAAGAAAUCUUCCCCACGCACACACGUGGCGUGUAAACAUCUCGAGAUAACCGCCGAAACGGAAGGGAAGAAACAACGUCAACGGUUUAUGGAAUUAGGAGAACGCUCGAUGGAUCCGCCCGGAAUCUCGCGAACGGGAAUUCGCGUAUCUCACUUGCGCGAGCUCUCGCGAAGUUAGAACGUUCCACGGUAGAAGGGAGGUUUCGGAGGGGGAGAAAAAGCGCGCCGGGGGUCACCGACGAUAACUGGGACACCGCGGGCCGACGCGAUCCUAGUUUCGGGGACAACGCGUCCCUUAACCUUCUAGGUGCUGAACACGCGUCAAAACUGAGGAAAGUUUUAUAAAAAAAAAAUAGUACGAGAAGAAAAAGAGAAAUUUAAAAAGGAAAAAAAAAGACGAUCGUUUUCCGUGGCACGUUUUCACCGUCGAUUAAUCGUCAUUACUUCACGUCGAUUCACGUAGAGCAUUAAUAAAUGUGAGUGAUAUAUCGCAAUAUCGUACGAAAUCUCUCCAUCCCUGUCGUUACUCUUGAAAAGCAGCGAAAAGAUUUAAUCGUAUUUUAAGGCUUAAACGCACGUUCAGCACCGUCCCACACGCCGGAAUAAUUUGGGGCGACCGAUUACUGUACUUAGUACAGUGAAACAUUAAAUACGUUCGAUAAGAAAAAACAAGUGCGUAUACACGCAUGUACAUACGGGUACACACAUACACGCACACAAACGCGGAACACCGCACGGAUCUAUAUAUUAGAAGAUACAUGUAAUAUACAUACAUGUUAAAAGUUUAUUUAAAUACAUCGUAGAUAAAAUAUAUAUAUAUAAAUAUUAUACGUGUGUUAACCUUUUCAUAGAGAUCUAAAUAACGACGUUGACAAAUUACAUAGUAUAUCACGUUACGCGAUUCUCGAUAAUCAAAUAUCGAUAAAUUCGACCGCACGAAAACCGUACACGCUGAAAAAAAAAUUAUAUUCGCGGGAGAGAGAAACUCCCAGAAAAUUAAGAGUCGUACAACCGAGAAACGCGAGCGAGCGAAACGUGAGAAGCGAAGAAAAGUUACUCGCUCCUACGAAGCAGUUUACGCACUCCUACGAGGGCGAACAGGGUGACAGAGGGAGAGAAGAAGGCGAUACUUAAAUACUUGUACCGUGAGACUCGAGCGGUCGUAUGUUACAUGUGGUAACGAGUCGAAUACCUGAAUACAAUCCUUAUCGAUCAGCUGAUCGGAGAAACUGCCACGAAACAAUUUGCCAAUUACGUUAACGGAAAAAGAAAGAGAGGAACUCCCAACGGAACUCUCUAUUUCUCGUCAAUGCGCGCAAGUACUCGCGCGAGUCCACGGUGCUCAAUUAGGCAUAUAAGUACAAAGACACGCGGGCGUGCAAAUUAUUUUUCUCGACCGAGGUGUGCAUCCCUAUACGUUAGUAAAUAAGCGCAUCGAGUCUGUCCAAAAAGAAAAAAAAAAGAAAAUCCCCUGAGUGAGGAAAUCAACUCAAACGAGACAAAUCCUCGAUCUACCUCAAUGACUAUCGGCUCAGCUCCACUCCCUUCGAACGUACAUCCUACGACAAGGAAUCCUUAAGGAACAAUUACAUAAGCGAAUCUCUAAAUCUAAUUGAAAGUCCUAGAACUUAAAAUCUUCCAUCGAUCUUCGACUGUUAUUACUUCGUAUUGUCGGAGCAAGAUAUCCUUUCACGUUCCAUCGCACAAAUUAUUGAAGUAGAGUUUCUCUCGAUCGAACUCGAGAGACUUUUCGGCGAGUGUUUGAUUCCGUUCGCUACCGAUGCGAGUGUUUUGGCGCUAUCAAACAUGAGAAACGCCAAAUAAAUUUGUAAGAUGAUCGAUAUAAGCAGACGCGCAGUCCUUGUAUGUUUUGAGUCGCGCGAAAUCACGAUUAUUGUUCGCACAAUCCUCGAGCUCGUUGGGCGAUAGAUAAGAUUCGAUAGCAAUCGUUACAUACAUCGAGUACCAGUCUUUCGGAUCGAUUGAAUGCGGACGAUUAAAGUCUCAAGCACGUUGCAUCGUGCGUGAUCACGCGUUGUGCAAAUUUGCAAAAUCAAGAAAGUGAUAUGCUUUAUCUCACGCGGGUGCGCGGACGUGAUAAUGCUGGCGGCGAGAGAUGGGAUUAGAGCGUCAAGAGGAAGAGAAAGAGAGAAGAAACAGCUGCACCGCGAGACGGAGAGAAAAAGUCGCACCAAGAAAGACGCACAGCCAUGUCAUGGGAGUCUAUUUCGUCCAGGGAUUACCUCGGCGGAUCGGCGAGUCAUCAGCUCUCGGCGACCGCACUGUUGGGUAGCCCUGAUGGAUCGAGACAUCCACUCGAUGUCUGCGAAUUCACUGAAGAGGAUUAUCGACAUCAAAAUGGAAACGGUAAUAACGGUCAUUACCAAAAUGGCAGAUCGGGCACUGGUAUAUGGGAAUGUCUCGUAAGCUGCAGAAAGCGGCUCGAUCAACAAUUAGCACGAAGGAGGGUGGAGCAAGGCUUAAAAUUGUACAGGGCUCAUAAACAACAAGCCGCGGUUAGAAAAUGGAGGGGCGCCUUGAAGAGUAUCAGACAUCGCGAGGAUAAAUUCGCUCUUCUCGGUUACUUGUAUCAAGCGUAUAUGGAUUGGGGCAAAUACAGAGAUAGCAUCGAAUUCGGUAACAAGCAAUUAUGCAUUUCGGAGGAAUUGGAUUCGCCGAACAUGCGGGCAGAAGCGUAUUUAAACUUGGCCAGAGCUCAUGAGAGAUUAGGCGCCCUGGAUAGAGCAUUAGAUUACGCUCGGCACAGCUUGUAUAACGAGUGCGAUCAGUGCGCGACUGCUGGAUUAGUUCACUUAACCGUAGGCAGAGUCCACUUAGAGCUAGCAGGAUUCUGUAAAGCCUUGGAAGCAUUUCAAAGAGCCCACAAAAUCGCCCACUCCAUUCAAGAUCCCUCCUUAGAAUUGCAGGUAUACGUCGGUCUAUCGGAACUUUUCUGCAGAUUACAGGACGCGGAUAAGAGCGCAAGAUACGCGGCGAGAGCUUACGAUCUUUCCAGAAGUUUACAGCUGGGAGAUCUGAAUUCGCGUCACCAUAGGGCGGCGUUAUUACAAAUGGCCGCGGCGCUCAGGAAAAAGGGCGAGCUUGGAGACGCUCACGAUUACUGUUCGGAGGCAACACGGCUAUCGCUAGUUUCUGGUGACCAGGCCAGUUACGCUCGAAGCAUCCGUAUUAUGGGAGACAUUUACAGAAAGAAAUCGGAUAUAAAUAUGGAUGUUUUGCAGAAAGCAUUCCGACAGUACGAGAGCGCGAUGGGCUCAGCGGCUGCGACCGGUGAUCGACUGUGCCAGAUGGAAGCGAUGGACGGCGCGGCGAGAUGCCUCGAAGUUCUAAGGCUUCAGCACAAGAUAUGCAAUUGCAGACCCCUCGAGUUCAAUACUAGGCUCCUGGAAGUGGCGGGAUCGGUUGGCGCCAAGCUUCUGGUGCGAACAGUCAGGUCCAGAUUGUCGAAAAUUUAUGGGUCUUUGGGAGACGAGGAACAAAAGGGACAUUAUGAGAGAUUGGCGACUGCGAUGGAGGAAGAUUUGGAGUUACGAUGCGGAAGCUGCAACGAACCUUUCGGUCUGGAAGCUGAUUCCCUGGAAGCAUUACCUUGCUCUCACAUAUUACACGCUCGAUGCGCAUAUGACAUCUUGAAGAGACGUGACAAGAAGAAGAAACGUUUAUGUCCCGAUUGCCACAAGUCUGUCAGUUCACGGCUGUACCUGCAUUGCGAAGAUCCUCAUGGCAUGAAUACUCUAAAUCAUAGUUCCUUGAGCCUGGCGUCAUUGAGGGCCAGCAGCCUAGCAACACUUGAGGACUGUCAUGCGACGAGUAGUGUUUAAAAAAAAAACACGCGACAUAUUUCGUUUAUUUUAACGCGUUGGUAUCCGCAUGCGAUUAGAUAAUUUUAAGGAACCAUAAUGUGGAAGAUGAGAAAGCCAAAGGAAAGUAGUACGAUACAAAAAGAUUUAAUGGCAAUAAAAAGUGCACGCCUCGA